AUGUCGGUUGGCAUCUCGAUUAACUCGUCCAAUUUUCCUCUCUCUCCCAUCCACAGCUCCGUCGGUCGGAAAGCAGGCUUCCCUCCCGCGAGCAUCAAGCUGCCUCCUCUGACCAACGACGUCAAGCUGCUCGGGAGCGGAUUGAGGACUCCCCCAUCAGACGAGAUGAGCACUGUUUUCCAACCUCAGCUGGCUUCUUACGAUAGCCAUGCUAUGCACAACUAUCCUGCUGCAGUACCUCAAGCUGCCCGGGCAACCGCCGCUAUGAACGAGACGAGGGGCUCUCAAUACUACCGCUAUCCCUCCGCCCAACCUCAACAACCACAACAGCAACCCCAGGCCCAUCAUGGCCACUACUCCUAUCAGCAGCAGCACGAACUCCAUCCCGUCCCUCACGCCUCUCAGUCCCGAAACGGUUCCGUCUCCUCCGCAACGCAGUCGAUUUGCUCUUCUCGACAAACACUCCGACCCUUGUCACCAUCUUCUACAUCAACCAUGACACGGAGCAAGGACGAACCUGAAUCGCUGGUCUCUCACAGCCUGCAGAUCCCCAAGUGCAUCAGCCCCGCAGGCGGCAAUCUCUCAGAUUUCGCUGCUCAGAUGACAUGUUUGUUCUGGUUUGAGUCGAUUGAAGAGCUCAAGCAGGCCGAGACAGUUCGCGCGAGAGGUCCCAAUGCCAUCAUCUCCCGGCUCCCUACUCUAGCCAAGCCCUACGAUCAGUUUCGCAAAUGGGUCUACAACGUCCUUUCAACGACCCAAGUGACGCAAAAUGUCAUCCUGCUAGCCCUGCUGUUUAUUUACCGGCUCAAGAUGUCGACGCCCCAGAUCAAGGGGCGCGCAGGAAGCGAAUACCGGUUGCUCACAGUUGCCCUCAUGCUCGGGAACAAGUUCUUGGACGAUAACACAUACACGAACAAGACCUGGGCUGAGGUGUCGUGCUUCGCAGUGCAGGAAAUCCAUGUUAUGGAGGUCGAGUUCCUGAGCAACAUGCGAUACAACUUGGUGGCAACCGAGGACCAGUGGAAGGAGUGGUUGGACAAGCUGGCGUGCUUCCACGAGUACUACGAGCGAGCUACGCGACUGCCAGCGUCACCAAUUCUCAUCCCUUCGCCAACCAACAAGGCCUAUCACUCGCCCAUCCCCUCACCGACGGCGAUGCAGCCCGCCGUCAACCUCCCUGUCACGCCGACUGUCACGACGAGCAACUUUUCACCCAGCUCGAGCCACUCGGCAAAUUGGAACGCCUACCAUUCGAAUGCCGUCUCCCCGCUCGCUACGAAGCCUAACCUUCAGUUUCCCGUGUCACGAAAGCGCAGCCCCGAGGGCGAGGUUAUGGACCACCCUGCGAAGCGAGCUGCUGCCCCUCAGCGAGUCCCGGCCCCUGUCAUGGCUCCUGUCAACCCGAGAUCCAACGGCAUCAUGGAGCCGUCCAGACUGCCUGUUCCUCACCUCACUGUGAUCACCGAGCAGCCUCAGCCUACGUCGGCACCCUUCACUGGUGGCAACGUCGGCGUCAAUGGAUAUCCUCAGGCGGCACAGCAGGUCGCAGCCACUCCUUCGGUUCACGUCUCUCUCCCUCCACUGCAGACCGGUGUGCGCGCCAUGUCGACAGUCUAUCCGCCAGCACCCGCGGCUAUGGUUCAGCAGCCCCCUCUGUCUACUACGACGGCUGUUACCUUGUCCCAAGGUGGCUUUCCUUCUCACGCUCCGGCCAACUUUGGCACUCCUGCGAGACACACCAGCCCCGGGCGCCUUGUCCCAUUCAACUCUUCACCAGUGCCCGACCAGUACAGCCAGGCUUCGACUGUUCACACCCCAAUCGCACAUACACCUAUCUCGAACUCGCCGAGUGUCUACCUGCAGCAGCGACCUAGUCCGUACAAGCCUGUUCGUCACGUAAACACACUCCUGUACCCGCCUCCCUCGGCCUCGCUGGAGCAGUAUCACCUCUCAGUACCAGUUCCUCCGAACCAGAUGCACUAUCAACCUCUGGGACGGCGCAACGACCUUCGGACUGGUAUCGUGCCUGAGUUCCUCGUCUACAACCGCGGCCAGCCCCAGCACCAGGCGAUUCCGCAUCACGGCCUUCAAGGGCACUACCCGUCUUAG